GUCCAAGUAUUCCAUUCCAUUCCUUCCACCAUCUCCUCGCUCUUUUCACGCUUCCCUUCAUAUUCGUCGUUGGGCUGGCCCUUCAUUGGUUGUUGCAGCCGGUCGUCGAUGUUGGGUCAUGGAUAGGUAGCCACUCACUCACCACACUCAUCAUCACACUGAUCAUCAUCACGCUCACGCCUCGCUCACGCCUCACACUCCCUGCCAGUCCAUUCAGUUCGUUCUGUCCGUUGCCAGUCGUUUGAAACUUCAUGCGUUUGUUUGCGUCAACCACGAAAUUCAUUCCUUGAAUCGCCCUUCACAGACCACCCAUCGGUUUCUUCUAUUCCAUUGGUACCAUUUCCCCAGAGUCACUCAUAGCAGUACCAUUCAGAGCGCCAUCCACUCAGAGCGCCAUCCAUUCGCAGCACAACUAUCUUGAUGCGCCGUACCCAUCUCCUCAUUCUCGCGCCUCUUGUAUUUACUUGUAUAACAGCACAGUACACCCUUCCACUUCUUACACUUUGUCAAUUAAACUCAACGACAAUUAAUAGAUCCACCAACUUUGCACAGCCUUCGCCAUCCUGUGACGAUCCUUCCAAUUAUUUACGAGAACACGAGAUACAUAUCAAAAAACUCGUGUGUGUGCAAGACACAUGAAAUUCUCCAGCUACAAAAGUCUAGAACCUUUCAAAUAAGAUAAAAAGUACAAAACGUUUGGAUCUACACAUUCAAAGGGUUCCCCUCCUGAUCGUUUGACAGCUUGCGUCAAAGAUCCUCCGAGAGCACCUUCGUACCCCACGAUCCCUAGCGAAGAUCAUACAGGACUGGCACACAAGUGUACAUCAUGUGGAAACGUCUCAAUGCCCCAAGGAGUAGUGGCACUACAGCUCGUCAAUCAUCGAUCAGUGAACCUGUCCUUGUCGAGACAACUAUUUUUGAGAAAUCUUACGGAGCGGCUGGUGGUAUAAAUGUUGAUAUAAAUAUGCCAUCUUCCGAUAGAAAUGCUCCUCGUCCGUCAAGACCGACGCGAGAUACUAUUCCAAAAGGAUUACCACUUCUACCAUUUGAAGCAGUUCCUCCCAUGCAUUCUCGCCAGAAUUCCGAUAAUUUCAGACCUGUUUCUUCUGUCUAUUCACAGCCUUCUCCAGGUCCUAUGAGUGAUCAAUUUCCAUAUAAUACAUAUGCGAAACCAAUGACUCCAAGUUCAGCAGAGGUAUCACCUCCAAGCUCUCCGGAGUUCGAUGGAACGCGGCGAAACCCAAGUCAAUAUCAAGAUCAUGAAGUCUCUCCAAUCGAUGAAGUGCCCGAUAUUUCACAACUUGGUUUCGGGAAGUCGAAGGAAAGGACGGACUCCAGGUUGAAGCCACCAUCGAGUAACAUUCCUGUUAUGCGACGAGAAAAGAGGCGAAAUCAAGUCGCAGCAGCAGCAGCAAAUUUACUAAAUCGCAAAGAUGUCGAUGGACCAAAGGGUAGAAAAACGGCAGAUGUCAAAUGGGAUCCAUAUUCUGGCGAACAAACUACAAGCGAAAAGGGGAAAUCGCAAUUCGUUAAACCAGGAGAAUACUCACCACCUCAAUCGCAAAAUUUCAGACAAAUGGGGAACACAUCAAUUAUUAGCGCCGGUCCGCCGAAACCUCAAAAUCAGAUAUCUUUUGGAGAGCGUGUUCGCAAAUUGAAGAAUAAUGCGCCGGUAGAGAAACCAGAAUGGAAAGGGGCAACAGGACGUUCAAAAAUUGUACCCGCGCCGUCCGAUAAUUAUAGCAUACCUCCACUUAAUAUUCCAAUUCCAGCGAGGAGCGAAAAACGCAUUACAUCAGGCACAAGCACCCCUGUAUCUUCCAUCCGAAGUGCAAAUAGUGAAACGGCGGCGGCACCAAGCUUCAUGGAUCUACCCGACCCAGUAUCUAUCAACGCAGGACAAUUGUUCAGCAGCCAAAACAGUCCACAAACCUAUAACGAACCCUUAAUUCAAAACCUCGAACCCAUUCAUGCGACUCACCUUACAAAUUUCACCAAUGAUAUCACUACAGAAUCCCCUUCUGUAUAUUAUCCUUCCCAUUCUAAGAACGAUUCCACAGGAACGAUUGAACGAAAUUUUCGAGAAGCUCUUAAGAAUUCUUUUCCUUCCAUCGAUUCAAGCGAGCCAUACGUCCAACCACCUUCGCGCUUCAGUGUCAGUACAAAAGCCACUUCAGAAGCUACCCAAUCUACUAGAGCACCCUCACUUGAUUUACAAAACGAGAUGCAUCCUCCACUCCCAAUCCAAUCCUAUACCAUGACAACUCAAGGACCUACUUCAAUACUAUCUCGAAAGCGCCCAAAGGUCAUCGCUGAUGAUAGCGCAUCUAUUUAUUCUGCGAAGAGCAUUACUCGCAAAGCUAUCAACUCAAACAGUCCAAUAACAAUCUCCAUGACUUCUUCUCUGCCUCGCGAACAUAAUCCCCCACCGCGCUCUUCAUCCACUGUCACGAAAUCUCUCCCCAGUACUCCUGCCGAAAGUGCAUCCUCAGAUCCUAUAUCUACUCUGGAGGCACGUCUCGAAGCUCUUAAACAUCGUAGACAGAAUAUUGAAAAAUCAAUCAAACAGAUGACGGAGCUUAUGCCAGCGGACCGAAUGAUUGUUACGGAAAAAGUGAGGAGGAAGAGGGAGGUGGAGAAGAAACAGAUUGAGGUAUUGAGAGAGGAGGAAGCGGAGAUUAGGAAAGAGGAACAUGAGUGUGGAUUGAAAUUACACAGGGCGUGGAAGAGGAAGGAUAAGCAAGCGGGGUAUGAGGAGACAGGAUUAUGGGUUAGGAGGGUUACUGGUUAGCAUGUGGAGUUUUACUCAGCAGACAGAUGGAAAAUAGGAUAAAGUGUUUUCACGGCGUAGAGAAUACGCAAUGGUAAAGCUGGUAAAGCAAGGCGGUUAGGAGUUCAGUAGGCGCAUACGGAAGGAAUUCUUUGAGGGGAUGGAUUGAUUGGUUUGGAGUUAAGGAAAAUUCCGCCCAUUGCAUUGGAUUUACAUGUCCAAUAGGUUACAUCAUGUUUCAAUUUAUUUCAUAAUCGGAUUUGGAGAUGUAGAUCUAUUCAGCUGCUCGUUGAUCUCGAGCUCUUGAGGGUCAUCCAUCUCGGAGUCUCGAAUUUGUAUUAUAGAAGACCA